UGUGUGGAAGGCACAAACCAUUCAAACCACCUCAAGAACAUAUCUGGUCCCUGUUCUCUCUGGAUCUCUAGGCACCAUGAGUUUCCUCCUGUUCAUAACCUUAGGACUGAGUCUUACAGCCUUGAGCCACUGUGUGCAGGUGACUAUACAGAACCCAAUAAUAAACGUGACUUCUGGACAGAACGCUACCUUAUACUGCACCUACAUUCUCAACAAUCAGAACAAAAACAAUCUUGUCAUUCAGUGGAACAUUUUUCAGGCAAAAUCACAGAAUCAGGAAACAGUGUUCUUUUAUCAGAAUAACCAGUCUUUGUCUGGGCCCAGCUAUAAGAAUAGAGUCACCGCUGCCAUGUCUCCAGGCAAUGCAACCAUAACCAUUUCCAACAUGCAGUCUCAGGACACCGGCAUCUACACCUGUGAAGUGUUGAACUUACCUGAGUCCAGUGGCCAAGGAAAGAUUCUCUUGACUGUUCUGGUUCCACCAUCUGUUCCACAUUGUUCUAUUCGGGGAGCUGUAGAGACUGGACAUUUCAUUUCUCUGCUGUGUUAUUCCGAGGAGGGGAUGCCGCGCCCAAUAUAUUCUUGGAACAGAGUAGAGAAUGGGUUAUUGAAGUCAACACCUUCUCAGAUGAAUCAGCAGAAAGGAAGCCUCAUAAUAGGGAACCUGACGGAUUUUGAAGAAGGAUACUACAGAUGUACAGCCAGUAACAACCUGGGAAAUGCUACUUGUGAACUCAACCUGCACACAGGGGGGGAAGGAGGUGUAAUUGCAGCAGCGGUAAUCGGAGGACUGUUGGCAGCGGCUAUCAUUAUUGCCAUCGUCUGGUUUCUCGUAGUCAAAAGAAAACAGAAAAAGCAACUUCCACCAACCACAGAAAUGAAAACUGGAGGAAACCAGUACUCGGCAGUAUCUGGGGAAGCCAACGAGCCCCCCAAGGAAAAUCUGGGUGCUUCUGAGCCUACUGAAACCAUACAAUUCCAUGACCAUGCUGAGAAUGCUGCUAAUGGAGAGACGGAAGAACCGACUGCAUAAAACAGGAGGAUUGAAAUAAGAAGUUAGCUUAUCUAAAGACUAUGUUAAGGCUACCCAAUAUUUUUUUCAAUCUGCAUUAUUAUGAACACUUUUACAAAACAUACCUAGAUUUUUACUUGUCAAAAUGAUAUUGAAAUGCCCAAAUAACUCCUUCCCAUUGUUCCUAAUUUACUGUUAAAAUUUUAAUGGUAUAUACCAAUCAGGGUAACGGCUACAAGCAGUGCUUUACCAUUCAGUGGGCUAAACAGCAAAUGGAUUACACGGCAUCUGAAGGACCCUUAUUUGCUGCCUUGGUUAAAGGGGAACUAUCAGGAAAUUAAACUUUAAUAUAAGCGUCAUCAUACUGAAAUAAGAAAUGUUCUAAAUACAAUCAAUUAAAUAUUCUGCAUCAUUUCUGAAAUAAUCAAUUAUAUUCACAUCACUCUCUCAGCAUCUGUUUCUACUCAUUUUGUCUUCAUGCAGCAGUUGGGUGUCAGAUAGUCAUUGACAGUUAGAUUCAAUUUAUCUUAUUAAGGGGUGCUUUCUUUCCUAGCAGAUGUAUUAGAGCUCAUUCAAGUAACUGAUUCCAGUACAAACAAAAUAACUGCCUUUUGCACAAAUUCUGCGUGUAGAGAGACAUGAUGGCUGGUGAUUUUAAUAGAGUGAGCUCUAAUAACAUCUUCUAGGCAAAAGGAGCCCCCCCAUAAAGAUAUAUUGGAUCUAACUGUCAGUGAAUAUCUGACACCCAACUUCUGCAUGAAGGGAGAAUGAAGAGAAACAGAUGCUGAGAGGGGGAUAGUGAAGAUGAACUUGAUUAUUUCAGAAACAGUACAACAUUUUCAAUUGACUGUAUUUAGAAAGUUUCUUAUUUUGGUAAGAUGAAGCUUAUAUUAAAUUUUCGUUUUCACAAUAGUUCCUCUUUAAGUAUAACUACACCUUUUCAUACAAUCAGUAUUUUGAUUGGCACAAACAUACACGGAGUAAAGAACUAUUAUGGCAUGGAAGGGAGAGAAGACCUGGCAGUAAAGCAUUCUGUGCCUGGGUGGGAUGCAAAGAAUUUUAAGCCAAAGAGCCAAAAUAUAUUACUGAAAUUCCCAAAAUAGCAACAGAUUAAAAAAGAAUGUUGUAUAGUCUUUACAUUCCCUUUAACACCAGAUUAACAUCAGUUCAUUCUCACAUAAACUAAAAGAGCAGCAGUUCAUGUUGUUUUGUUUUUACAUAAAAAAAGAUAAAUAUUUACUCUUGAAAGCAAGAGAAAUUCUUUUUAUACUUAUGUUUUGUUUCAAUUAUUUGCCAUUUCUGUAUACAAAAAAACAGCCUACAUCAUUUGUUAAUGUUACAUAUCACGCUAUUCCCUGUGUGUAAUGUCUGGGUCUCUUAAUCACUGCCUUAUACAGUAGUUUCAUCAAUCACAUUGCAGGGGGUGGUAGAGAAGGAGCAAAAACUUAAAAAAACUGAAUUGUAAAGUAGCAGAGCCAGGCCAAAGAGCCUGGGCACCCAAGGCAAGGGACAUUCUCUGCAUGCAACCCCCCUGCGGCCCCACCAAACCAUGACCCCUGUCUGGAGCAAGAGUUAUGGACUUAUAUAUCAAAAUUCAGAUUUGUGUAAUUUUAGAGCUUUUUUGUAUUAGGAAUAAACUUAAAAAAACACAAAUACAACAUUAUUUAUUUAAAAUCCAAAUGAAUAAAACCAUUGAGAAAAAAAAUCGAACACCUCAAAUUUGUGAGUUUACAAGCUCAAAAAAACUCAAAUUGAAUAAAUAGUUUACGGGUAGAACUCCACAAGUGCUUUCCGUCGGCGACAAAACGCAGACGACAAGUCGGGUGGAGUCGCUCAUGUCAAGAUAUAUUUGGACUGAAUGAAAAGUCGGAGGUAACAACUACACGGUCCGCUGCUUUCUGCUUCCACAGUCGUGUCGGAUGUAAUGUAGUUUUUACCUGCGACUUUUCAUUCAGUCCAUUUAGAAUCUUAACGCUGUGUGUGUGUGUGUUUAGGAGAACAAAUUUUGGCAGCGUCUUAGGCUAUAGGCACACAAAGUGUUGGCUCAUCUGCUCUCAGCAAGUGUUGUUUUGUGGAGUCGGAGAGAAGCAGAUUGCCUCCCUUUCCAAGCUCUGUUGAUCUGCACUGAAAA